CAAACCGAACCGCGCCGCGCGCAGCGAAGAGAUGGGCGGGAAGAGGAAAGCGCGGGCGCCUCCCGCCGCGGACGCCACGGCGGCGGCGCUGGACUACCGCCUCCUCGCCCACAUCCUGCUCCGCCUCCCGUCCCCGGCCGCCCUCGCGCGCGCCGCGACCGUCUGCCGCCGCUGGCGCCGUGUCGCGUCGUCGCCGACAUUCCUCCGCCUCUUCCGCCAGCUCCACCACCCGCCCCCUCUCCUCGGCUUCUUCGUCUGCAACAAUGGGUUCGCCGUCUCGAGGUCGAUUGCCGACAGCGAGCUCGUCGGCGAGGUGGUCGACCCAACCUUCCUCCCGAGGCUCACGCCGAGGGGAUUCCUCGGCGCCGUUAACCGCUGCAUCGACUUCUCCCUCGACUCCCUCCCUUACGACGAGCACUGGGCGCUUGCGGACACCCACGAUGGCCUCCUCCUCCUCUGCACCAAGUUCGCCGACCGCAUGGACAUCCCGGACAACUUCGCCAUCUGCGACCCCGUGUCCGGCCGCUCUGUCCUCUUGCACGUCGCCCCGGUCACCAACAGCGCGUAUCUCGGCGCCGCUCUGCGCACCGACGACAGCGACGGCGGCGGCGUCGUCUGCAGCUUCGAGUUCGAGAUCAUCCUCGUGACCUGCUACAACAUGUGGGAGCCGCGUCUGUACGUCUUCUCGUCGCGCUCCGGCCAGUGGACCGUGCACGCCUACAUCCCCAUGUUGCCAAUGCUCAGCGCCUUCAGCGGCGACAUGCACGCCAACGGGAGCGUCUACUGGCUGAUCGACGACGGCGGCGACGGCGGCGCGUACCUCCUGGCGCUCGACGCCCGCACCAAACAGUUCUCCAUCAUCAAACUGCUAAGCAGCAUGCGGACGCGCUACGACGGGAACAUGCGCGUCAUCAGGUCUGACGACGGCGAGCUCCGCGUCGUGGCGUUCGCGGCCGCAGCGGCGCGGCUCGAAUUCUGGCACCUCGACAAGAGCAGGAGCAGCAGGGGGCGGUGGGUGCGGGAGUCGCGGGUGGAGCUGGCGCACGUCGACGGUGUGAUGGAGCUCUGUGUGGACGCCGAUGACGACGUCGCGAGGAUCAUGGACGCCGGCGAGGGCUUCGUCUUCCUCAAACACUAUGGCUCUGAAUGGGUGUUUGCUCUCGACGUUCAGGCCAUGGUGUUGUUCAGGCUGCCUCACAGGAGGUACUACUUUGGGCCGGCUCUUCCCUACAGGCUGGUGCUGAAGCCGCCAUUGCCGGCCUCUUGCGGGUUGAUCAACUAGACAGCAAUCAUCAUUCACCAAUGUCAAGGUAGAAGAACCUUUCAUGUAAUUUAACCUUGCUGAA